AGCGCUUUGCGUCGCUCGUAUCGCAGCAGUGAAGCAGAUUUGACCGCCGGGGAGAAGUGCGACUUCUUUACUUCGGAGCAAAUUGUGUCUAGUGGUUUGUUUUCCAUCGUGUAUUUUUUCUCGCUCGGAGAUUCUUGCCAGUUGUUCCAAGAUGGUUAAGGUGUCGUUUAACGCGGCUCUGGCGCAGAAGGAUGUAAAGAAGGACGCGGAAACUCUUAUUCCCGAGGAGGACAAAGAUGCUGAAGCUGCUUUGCUGGUGCGUCACCAGUCUCGCGCCUGGUGCUGGUGCAUGUGCCUCGGUCUGGCCCUCAUGCUGUCUGGAGUGGUGGUCGGAGGUGCCUACCUGUAUCGCUACUACGUCAUGGAGGUGAGUAGCGAGGCUGAGGAAAAUGUGGAGGGCCAAGUGUUUUUCUGUGGCGUUAACUACCGUGAAGAAGACUUCAUGAUCCAGGAGGAGGAAGAGGUGGAUGUGGAGCUGCCAAAUGGGUACCACCUGCGGCAGGUGGAGGAGAGAAUCCGGGUGUUGGAGAGGGAGCAGGUGGAGCUAAUUAAUGUGCCAGUGCCUGAGUUUGAAGAUGGUGACCCAGCUGACAUCGUCCACGACUUCAGCCAGAGGCUGACUGCUUAUCUGGAUCUGAGUCUGAACAGGUGCUACGUCAUCCCACUCAACACCUCCAUUGUCAUGCCUCCCAGAGACCUUUUGGACCUUCUCAUCAAAGUCAAGGCCGGCACCUACCUGCCUCAGUCUUACCUGGUCCGUGAGGAGAUGAUGGUGACCGAGCGCCUGGAGCAUGUUGACCAGCUCGGCUUUUUCAUCAACAACCUCUGCAACGGCAAAGACACCUACAAACUGCAGCGCAGAGACAGGAUUCUGGGUAUGCAGAAGCGCGAGGCUCUGAACUGCCGUAAGAUCCGUCACUUCGGGAGCGCGUUUGUGGUGGAAACCGUGAUCUGUGAGCCUUAAGACGCCUCGUCGCCUCACAACUGUUCUUAAAGUCACUGGCGUGCAGUGAGAUUGUGUUUUUAAUCCUCACCUGUCUCUUUUUCCUGUCCUUUACUUCGGGUAGUUUGAGUGAGUGAAAGGAGUGAAAUGUGACUGUUGGGUGAAUAUUCACUGAUUCUGAAAAUUAAAAAAGGUGAAGCAUUGCAUUUAUUUCUUCUCUCCACUUUCUAGACUCCUAUGGGAGUCUUUUCAGAGAACUAGCUUAAAGCCAGCUGAGUAUACAAAAGUAAAUUAUUUUAAUCAAAGUAACUGCAAACAUAGUAUAAAAACUUCUGUUUUAAUAGACAUAAGUAAAUGUGAUUUUCUUGCUUUCAGUUCACAUAAAACAUUUUAAGAAAAAGGGCGACUUUUAUACCACUCAGUCCACAGAGGCUGGCUUUGUUUUUGUUUUUUUUAAUUUUGAUUUUGUCUGCUGUAGCUGUUAAUACACUGCACCUGUUUUCUUAACUGGAAAAUGAUCUUAAAAUAAGAGUGUGAAUAUGUGUGCCUCUGUUGGUGAGCUUUAAAAUGUGUGAAAUCUGACAAUAUUUCAGUUCAGAUGAAAGGGAGCUCAGAAAAAAAACACACUUAUAUUAAAAUCUUUUUCGCAAGGGUUGUCUAUCUUUUUAUGAAUGUGUAUUUUUUUUAGAUAACUCUUGUACCACUUUGUGUAUAUAAUCUCUCUAAAGGUAUGAGCAGACCAACACAAUAAACAGAAUGGUAGAAAUUA